UGUGGUUUCUCAGCGCCUCACAACUCCUCUGGACUUUACAGUGAGCAGCACCAAGAACUUCAACCAGGAUGGACGUCAAGUUACUCGCAGUCGUGACUGCGCUCUUACUGCUCACAUACGUGCCUCCGUCGCAAGCCAAGCCCAUCAGUCUGGUGGAAAGAUGCUACUGUCGUUCAACAGUCAAAAGCCUCCCCCGUGGAUACGUCCGAGAGCUUCGCUUCAUCCACACGCCCAACUGCCCCUUCCAAGUCAUCGCCAAGCUGAGGUCAAACAAGGAGGUGUGCAUGAAUCCCGAAAUCAGAUGGCUGCAGCAGUACCUGAAGAACGCCCUCAACAAGAUGAAAAAACCCAAACACUGACGUGUCUGCAGAGAUCCUUGUGAGCCAUAAUUAAGGAUGUGGACCAUCAUCAUCAUCAUCAUCAUCACACAUAAACAUAUAUAAAAGAAUCAUCACAAUUCUAUGUUGCAGAGCACUUAUCAGCCUUUUGCAUGAAAUCAAACCCACAGUGCAUCACCAAUCAUGCAGUACCUCCGUUGUGCAAACUGCCAUUAUAUCUGUGUUUGUUCUGCAAACCAUAAUGUAUAUACUGACUCUAUCAAAAUAAAGGGCUGUUUCAAGACGAAACAAUAGGCAGCGCACGAAGAUGUAUUCCACGUUUUACAUGAAUUGGCGUUGAGGAAUUUCUCUCGGUGUCUCCAUGCAGCGUUCAUAACCUGCUGCACAAAAUCCUAAUAUUAGUCACAGUUACAAUGUUUUGAUUAUGGAAUUAACGACUUUAAUUGAGCAUUUCCUGGACCAUUCUCUGGUUUGAUAUAAUAUAAAGUGACAUCACGAUCACCCACACAAGUUUGUAAUAAGAACAAACUGUUUGAGCCUUAUCGAUCGCAGUUUGUUACCCCAAUUAAGA